GGCUUAGGGAACCUGGCCGGGGAGCCGAGCUGUAGGGCGGAGCUGGGGGUGAAAGGGUAGGUCUGGGGGGAAGGGCUAGGAAUACGUGUGUGAGUUAGUAUGUUGGGGGGAGGAACUGGGGAUGGAUGUGACUGUUUGGGGGCAGGAUCUGGGAGUAUGUGUGUAUGAGCAUGUUUGGGCGGAGUAAUUGGGGGGGGGGGGGAGGGAAUGACCGGCGUAUGAGUGCAAGGAGGAGCUGGGUGUAUUUCUAGAGGGAGGAGCUGGGGAGAGGGUGUAUGAGUGAAUGUGUAUUUAUCUGGGGGAGGAGCUGAGGCAUGUGUGUAUCUGGGAGGGUGUGUGUCCCGGGCUGAAGCUGGUGUCCGUGUGACUGGGGAGGAGCCGAUGUGUGUGUCUGUGUGUGUGAGCUUGUUUGGAGGGAGGAGCUGGGAUGUGUGUGACAGUUUGGGGGGAGGACCUGGUGUGUCUGUGUGAAUAACUGCCUAGUCGGGGUGUGUGUGUGUGUGUGUGUGUGUGUGUGUGCGCGCGCGCGUGUGCGCGUAUGUGCGUGUGUGUGUGUGAGCGCGUGAGUGUGUCUGGAGGGAGGAGCGCAGUGUGCCUCUGGAGAAGGCUCUGGGGCUCGCGUCCUGCCCCGCCCUCAAGGGCGGGGCAGAGCGCUGCCUGCCCAAUCCCCGGCCAGGCCCGCCCCUGGUCUACUAUAAAAGCCUCUCAAGCGGGGCGCGCUCCGAGAUUCUGAUCCGUGCCUACCCGACGAUCUUCCAUCAUGCCUAUCGUCCUGGGUUACUGGGAUAUCCGCGGGCUUGCCCAUGCCAUCCGUCUGCUCCUGGAAUACACCGGCGCUGAAUAUGAAGAGAAGGUGUACCGUUUUGGGGAUGCUCCCGACUUCGACCGAAGCCAGUGGUUGGAUGUGAAGUUCAACCUGGGCUUGGCUUUCCCAAAUCUGCCUUACCUGAUUGAUGGCGACAAGAAGAUCACCCAGAGCAAUGCCAUCUUGCGCUACAUUGCCCGACAAUACAACUUAUGUGGUGAGACGGAAGAAGAACGCAUCCGAGUCGACAUGCUCGAGAACCACGUCAUGGACAUCCGCAUGCAGCUGGCUCGUGUCUGCUACAACCCAAACUUUGAAGUAAUGAAAAUUGAGUACCUUCAGCAGCUUCCAGGGCAAUUGAAGCUCUUCUCCCUGUUCCUGGGGAAAUGCUCCUGGUUUGCAGGAAACAAGAUCACGUUCGUGGACUUUCUUGUGUAUGAUGUCCUUGACCAGAACCGAAAGUUUGAACCCUCUUGCUUGGAGAAGUUCUCAAACCUCAAGGAGUUCUUACAUCGGUUUGAGAGUCUGAGUAGCAUUGCUACUUACUUAGCAUCUGAACGCUGCCAACCGUACCCAAUCUUCGCAAAAAUGGCUUGUUGGGGCAAUAAGUAGUAUCCCACUGCACGGACCAGAAGCCCAGGAGGAAGAAUCACCAUCAACUGCUGAACCAGCUGCAGUGGAGGGCUGCUGGAACAUUCUUGGCCCUCACCUAGGAACCUGGGUUCUCCAAUAAAGUGUUUUAGUCAUUA